UUCGCUCUAAAAUCACACCCUCGAUAUUAAUACAUUACUGAAAUACAGCAACACAAAAAAACGAACCUUUUCAAAUCCAUAGUCAAAUCGGACGUUGCAUGUGACGUCGCGCCGAGCGUGAGUGAGCUGAGGUCAUUUCCUGUUUGUGCUCCCGUUGAGUCGCUAGACGGAGGCCUAAUCGCGAUACCAGCACCACUACCACCGCCGUAACAUCGCUCACAGACCUACAAAGGACGGCCACGACGAGGUUUUAAAAGUCUUAAACGCGUCAGAUAAGCGUUGUGGGAUGAGUUUGGGCGACCGGGCUCGUGCUUUGGGCCACUGAGGGGCGGUUUGUGAGGAUAAUCGGGCGGUUGGGUGUUGUUAUUUUUGGGGCAGCUGAGUGGUCAUUGGCAGAGCUCAAUACACAGCAGCUCGCGAGAGGAAUAAAUAACGUUACACACUUCACGUCUCGAAAUACCCUCGUCUCACUCCACUUACAUGGGCUUUUGAGGAUUUCUACAUUUCAGUUGACCAAAACAACGCAGGAGAAUAAAAGUGGAGGUGAGUCUGGCUCUGUGGUACUAACCGUCUGCCUGACCCGAGACUCGACGCUCCCCCUCCCCCAACCUCCCUGCCACCCUGCCCUACGCCCCACACACCCCUAACCCAGUAUGAACGAGGUCAGCAUCGUCAGAGAGGGCUGGCUCCACAAGAGAGGUGAAUAUAUUAAGACUUGGAGGCCCCGGUAUUUCAUCCUAAAGAGUGAUGGCUCUUUCAUCGGCUACAAGGAGAAGCCUGAGACGUCAGACCACAAUCAACCGCCUCUUAACAACUUUUCCGUCGCAGAGUGUCAGCUGAUGAAGACUGAACGACCUCGGCCGAACACGUUUGUCAUUCGCUGCUUGCAGUGGACCACUGUUAUUGAGCGCACCUUCCACGUGGAUAGCAAUGCUGAAAGAGAGGAGUGGAUUCGUGCCAUUCAGGCUGUGGCCAAUGGGCUCAAGUCCCGGGAAGAGGAGGAGCCAAUGGACAUCAACUUUGGCUCCCCUGGAGACAACAGCUUGGAGGGGAUGGAGGCUGCGAUCGCAAAAUCCCGAACCAAAGUGACAAUGAGUGACUUUGACUACUUAAAGCUGCUUGGUAAAGGCACUUUUGGAAAGGUGAUUCUAGUGAGGGAAAAGGCUACUGGCAUGUACUACGCCAUGAAGAUUCUACGCAAAGAGGUCAUCAUUGCAAAGGACGAGGUCGCACACACAAUCACAGAAAGCAGAGUGUUGCAGAACACACGGCACCCAUUCCUUACAACACUAAAAUACGCCUUCCAGACACGAGAUCGUCUGUGUUUCGUCAUGGAGUAUGCAAAUGGAGGCGAGCUGUUCUUCCACUUGUCUCGAGAGCGUGUGUUUACGGAGGAUAGAGCUCGCUUCUACGGGGCUGAAAUUGUUUCUGCAUUGGAGUAUCUGCACUCUAAAGAUGUCGUCUACAGGGACCUAAAGCUGGAGAAUCUAAUGCUGGAUAAAGAUGGUCACAUUAAAAUCACAGACUUUGGCCUGUGUAAAGAGGGCAUUACUAAUGAGGCCACCAUGAAGACAUUCUGUGGGACCCCAGAGUACCUUGCUCCUGAGGUAUUAGAAGACAACGAUUAUGGCCGUGCGGUGGACUGGUGGGGUCUGGGAGUGGUCAUGUAUGAAAUGAUGUGUGGUCGGCUGCCAUUCUAUAACCAGGACCACGAGCGUCUGUUUGAGCUCAUUUUAAUGGAGGAGAUUCGCUUUCCUAGAAACCUCUCGCCCGAGGCUAAGGCCCUGCUGGCCGGCCUCCUUAAGAAAGACCCCAAACAGAGGCUUGGAGGAAGUCCUGAAGAUGCCAAAGAAGUGAUGACACACAAGUUCUUUAAUUCCAUGAACUGGCAAGAUGUCCUUCAAAAGAAGCUCAUCCCACCCUUCAAGCCACAAGUGACCUCAGAGACAGACACACGCUACUUUGACGAUGAGUUCACUGCACAGACCAUUACUGUCACGCCACCUGACCAAUAUGACAGUCUUGAUGCAGAGGACCCAGAUACACGUACACACUUCUCGCAGUUCUCCUACUCAGCCAGUGUGCGGGAGUGACCACACCACCACCCCCGUCCCUUCCCCUCCCCACCACUCUGUCACCCUUACCAGCAAACCGGACGCCCCUCACACACAAACGCAAACUCGUACAAGGACACGUGCACCAGCAACCCAAGCCUUCCGAGGAAGCGGGUUCUAGGCGGGAGUACGGCAUCUGUGAAUGAUCUCGAACAGGUGGUACCCUCUGGUCAGUCCUGGUUUACAAUUGGCUUUCCACCCAGCCAAUCGUAGCCUGACACUACACGCUGCAACACAAUCCACCAAUCACUGAAUGAAUCUCAACCAAUCAAGACCAUCGUGGAACACCGCUCAGCACCAGCAGGUUUCAGGACACGCGCUAACACUCAACACUGGACUACAGGACUAAAGCCUCUUGUAAACACAAAUAUUGAACACGCUCUAAAUCAUCUUGUGGGGACAAAAGAAAUCAAACCAUUUGGACUUUUUUUUCCCCACUGAUUGUUACAGUUUUAAAGCCAUAUUUCUGCAAUUGUACAAGUGCUCUUUCUGGAACUAGCUGUUACCAAUAGUGUUUUUACAGCGGGAGGACCGAUGAUGGGGUAACACCGAAAGGAAUAGUGCUGUUUCUCUGCCUGGGUAGCAUACCGAAUGCUGUGCGUGCGUGUGCGGACGGACGGACGGAUGCGUGUUCUCAAAUCUACUUCUUAAACUGUGUGUCUCUUUGUUUCAAUUUUUGUACAUGGGCAUAACGUUGAGUAGUGGACCGGGGUGGGAUUGUUAGGGGUUUUGGGAGGCUCACACACACACAUACACACACACACACACACACUAUAGAUGUGAAAAUGUUUGUGCUUUAAAGGGAAAGAGAGAGGAAGGCAUCUCUAGCAUGUAAACAGGGAGGUUGUGAACCUUGAAACCGGCUUUCUGGAGAGGCCAGUUUUCAUCCGCUGCCCCAGAGGCUUGAUGUUCCAAGGUCAGUGUAUCAUAGAAACUCUCCAUCAUGUUGUUUUCAUUCUCUCAACAGUUUCGCAGGCAUUGAUGUUGAAGUUUAGAGACAAAUGUAUAGGCAACAACAACCAAAAAAAGAAAAAAAGAGGAUUUGAAUGUCCUUUGUCCUGUUAUUUAACUGCAAUAGCUACUGCGUCAGUAGCAAACGGUGGAAACACGUACCUGCGUGCCACGCCAUUGUUGUCGCAGCCUUUUCAUUUCUCCUUUUUUUUUUAUUAGUGCAGCAAGAAAAAAAAAUGGUUAGGAUGUCUGAGAGGAAAUGUUCUACUUGAUCUCCAGAUGUGUAAGGUAGGCGUGCUUCUCCAGACAGAAGCUGUCACAACACACCGCUUGGAUGUGUGAGGUGUUAUUUUCUUCUUUUGCCUUUUUAAAGAUUCUUCAUGUAAGGAACAUCAAACUAUUUUUUUGGUUUUUAUUUUAUUCAUUAUUUUAUUUGGAUCAUUUUUUUUUCCCCCUUCAUCUUUUUGUUCCAUUCACCUACUCCCUGAAAUUAAAUUGUCUUGAUAAAAUAUAUAUAAAAUUUAUAUUACAGUAGUAAAGUUUUUUUUUUUGUUUGUUCGUUUCUUUUGUCCAUUUUGUGUGAGUGUGCGCUUCAUUUGUGCAUGUGUGGGUGUGUAAUAAGGUAGUCACAGUAUAUAUUUGCAACGGGAAAUGAAAACCCUCCUUUAAGA